AUGAUAAUAAGAGUUUACCGACCCAGUUAUAUUAGUUCAUUCUCACCAUUUGUAUUUGCACGCUUAGAUCCACGUUCAUUAUUCACUUAUUCCUUAAUAUUUUCAUUAUUCACACAAUUAUGUCAUGAUAUUUUGAUAUAUUAUUUAAAAUAUCAAGAAGGUUAUGUAUAUGCGAAAGAUCCUACUAGACAUGUUAACGAAACAUUACCUAAAACUUUUUACUAUGAUAUCAUAAAUAUAAAUUAUGAGGAUGAUGCGGUUAUAGAGAAUCCUAAAUCAAAUUGGAAUAAACAAGAUUUGGAUUAUUCUGAAGUUGCAUAUUAUCUAAAUGCUGUCAGUAUGGGAUUUAUGUUUUAUGGCAAUUCUUGUACUUCCGAUGUAAUCCUCGUAUUAUGCCUAUUAAGCAUUCGAACCCAAUUUGGUAUCACAACUUUGAUAACUUCUCCCACACGGAGCAUUAUUCUUACUCAAAAUUGUGAUCAAUUAAAAAUCUUUCAAGAUUUUAAUUUAUGGCUUAUUUGUUCAUUAUUCAUAUGGAAUGUUGCUUCAUUACUCCUCUCUAUUGAUACCAUUUUUAUGCAACCUAAUGUUUACCCAGAUUUUAACGUAGGUUCUGUUAACACUGGUGUUGUUACAUUACAACGAUCAAUUUCAUCUCCUUAUAAUGUUACAAAACCAAAAACUUUUAAUUACGAUAUUGAUAAUCUUCAUGAAUUAAAAUUUGAUUGUAGUUCAAGUUCAUGCUCGGAUGAUACUUCAUCACGAAAUUCACAUACAAAAAGUUUUCACUCGAAACAUUCAAUCACUUCUACUUCACAUUUGAGACAUUCCUCAUUAAAAAAGAAAGGUUUAAAUAAAUUAAAAUCUCAUCGAACGAGUCAUGGAAAAAUUGCAAAAAAUAAUAUUGGAAAAAGAAAGAAUAAGGAAAUGAAAACAUUACCAACGAAUGAAAUAUCAUCAUCAUCAUUGCCAAUAUCAAUGACUUUAAUUGGAAAUAAUGCAAUUGAAGAAAUAUUAGAACAACAAAUUAUGGUAGAAACAAGACAAGACGUAAUAAUUGAACCUGCAUAUAUGCAUGCUUACAUAAAUCCACAUAUACCUUCACCACGUUAUGAAAGAACUCCAAUUAGUGGUGGAUCAAGAACUGAUAGUAUUGCAACAGAUUUAUUACUUGCACCAUUGCCAAGUCCAUACUCAGAAUUUGCAGUUACAUCAACGAGAAGGAUAGGAAAAAGAAAUAGUUUUAAUAAACAACAAUCAAGUUUAAAAGGUAAUGGUACACCAGAUAUAAAUAGAAAUAGUAUAUCAAGUUAUGAAAAUAAUAACAUCUCUUUAAAAAGUACACCAACUGAUGAUAAUUUUAAUGAUAAGAAUGAACAAAUAAUAACGACAGAUAAUUUAAGAAGGGCUAUUGGAUCAGGAUUAAGGAACAGUGUAGUAUCAUCAUAUUAUGGUGAUGCAUCGGGUAUUUCCGAAGAUGAAAUUAUUAGGAGUGGUAGUAAUGAAAAAAGAAUAGAAAGACGAUCUUCUCGGAAAAAACAAACAAUGGGUUAA